ACAACAAAAAACAGCGCGAGUCGGACGCGGUUUUAUCGUCGAGCGCGGUUUCUUUGUUUUAGCGCUCGAAAAUUGUCGAAAACUUUCGUAAAAAAUUACACUUCAAUUAAGUAACUGAAAAGUGCAUGCUAAGUGAGCAAGAAAAUGAAUUAAACGUGUACAUAAAAGUGAGAAAAGUUAAUAAACAAAACACAAUUUGUUGGCGGCGUUAUAUUAUUUUUGUUUCCAAUUCUGUGUAGGAUUUUUCCGGUAUUAAAACUUAACUAUGAAAACAGUGCAAAUUGUUAACAGUGUAUUAUGAGAUAAAAUUGGAUUAAAAGUCAAAGCAUUUAUCAGUGCUAAAUCGAAAGAAAACACAAAUAAAAACAAAUCAAAAGAAAUCAGAAUCAAAUUGGAUUAUCAGCACAGCUUCUGGGACUUGCAACAGGAUGUUGACUUCGUUUUCUAGUGGCUGCCUUCACCUGCCACAGCAGCGUAUUGCCUCACACCUCGCCGCGUAGAAUAGGUAUUUCCGGAACAGCAGCAAUCAAAAGAGCUGCCAGCAACAUCAGACGAUAUCAGAUAUAUAGACAACCGAUAUAUACAUAUAUAUAUAUAUAUUUUUAUUCGACGCCGCUGUCGCCGCCUUGUUCUUCGCGAUUUCGUCGCCGUCAGCGUUCGUCGCCGACUGAGACGAAAGCUGCGAAGCAACGAGCGCCAGCGAAAGCCUCACCACGGACGCAUUUAUGGAUGCGGGCGGCCUGCCAGUUUUCCAAAGCGCCAGCCAAGCAGCCGCCGUAGCCGCCCAGCAACAGCAGCAGCAACAACAACAGCAGCAGCAGCAGCAGCAGCAACAUUUGAAUCUCCAGUUGCAUCAGCAACACUUGGGUCUCCAUCUGCAGCAGCAACAGCAAUUGCAAUUGCAACAGCAGCAACACAAUGCCCAGGCGCAGCAGCAGCAACAGAUCCAAGUGCAACAGCAACAGCAACAGCAGCAGCAGCAGCAGCAACAUUCUCCCUACAAUGCCAACCUGGGAGCAACAGGCGGAAUUGCUGGAAUCACUGGCGGCAACGGAGCUGGCGGCCCUGCGAAUCCAGGAGCAGUUAACACCACCGCUCCUGGCGACAAUAUGCCCACCAAGCGGAUGCCGGUCGUCGACCGCCUGCGACGUCGCAUGGAGAACUAUCGCCGCCGGCAGACAGACUGCGUGCCACGCUACGAGCAGGCCUUUAACACUGUCUGUGAGCAGCAGAACCAGGAGACCACUGUCCUCCAGAAACGCUUCCUUGAGAGCAAGAAUAAGCGGGCGGCCAAGAAGACCGAUAAGAAGCUGCCAGAUCCCUCGCAACAGCAUCAGCAGCAGCAGCAGCAGCAGCAACACCAGCAACAUCAACAGCACCAGCAACAUCAGCAGGCCCAGACAAUGUUAGCCGGACAGCUGCAGAGCAGUGUUCAUGUGCAACAAAAAUUCCUGAAACGACCCGCGGAGGAUGUUGACAAUGGCCCUGAUACCUAUGAACCGCCGCAUAAGUUGCCCAAUAACAACAACAAUAGCAAUAGCAACAAUAACAACGGCAACACGAAUCCCAAUAAUGGCGGCAACAACAACAACAAUGGCUCCAAUACCGGAAACAACAACAAUGCGAAUAACAACAACGGCAACGGCACCAACAACGGCGGCAGCAACAACAACAACGGCUCUGAGAAUCUAACCAAAUUCUCGGUGGAAAUUGUUCAGCAACUGGAGUUUACCACAUCGGCGGCCAACUCCCAACCGCAGCAGAUUAGCACUAAUGUCACUGUAAAGGCUCUGACCAAUACAUCGGUGAAAAGUGAACCAGGUGUGGGCGGAGGCGGUGGCGGCGGCGGUGGUGGUGGAGGUAGUGGCAAUAACAACAACAACGGAGGAGGAGGCGGCGGCAAUAAUAGCAACAACAACGGAGGCGAUCAUCACCAGCAGCAACAGCAACAGCAGCAGCAGCAACAACAAGGCGGCGGACUGGGUGGCCUCGGCAAUAAUGGAAGGGGCGGGGGACCCGGCGGCAUGGCCACGGGUCCAGGGGGCGUGCCCGGUGGCCUUGGCGGCAUGGGUAUGCCACCCAACAUGAUGUCCGCCCAACAGAAGUCGGCCCUAGGCAAUCUGGCCAAUUUGGUAGAGUGCAAACGGGAACCGGAUCACGAUUUCCCCGAUCUCGGCUCGCUGGAUAAGGAUGGCGGUGGCGGGCAGUUCCCAGGCUUUCCCGAUCUCCUUGGUGACGACAACUCGGAGAACAACGACACCUUUAAGGAUCUCAUCAACAACCUGCAGGACUUCAAUCCCAGUUUCCUCGAUGGCUUCGAUGAGAAACCACUGUUGGACAUCAAAACGGAGGAUGGCAUCAAGGUGGAGCCGCCGAAUGCCCAGGAUCUGAUCAAUAGCCUGAAUGUUAAGUCCGAGGGCGGUUUGGGUCAUGGCUUCGGUGGCUUUGGUCUGGGUCUGGACAACUCGGGCAUGAAGAUGCGUGGCGGCAAUCCCGGAAAUCAAGGUGGCUUCCCCAAUGGUCCAAAUGGUGGGGCAGGUGGUGCUCCCAAUGCGGGCGGUAAUGGUGGAAACUCUGGUAAUCUCAUGUCUGAGCAUCCGCUGGCAGCUCAGACACUCAAGCAAAUGGCCGAGCAGCAUCAGCACAAGAAUGCCAUGGGCGGUAUGGGUGGAUUCCCCCGUCCGCCCCACGGCAUGAAUCCCCAGCAGCAGCAGCAACAGCAGCAACAACAGCAGCAGCAACAGGCCCAGCAGCAACAUGGUCAAAUGAUGGGACAGCCGGGACGAUAUAAUGACUAUGGAGGCGGCUUUCCCAAUGACUUUGGCCUGGGACCCAAUGGUCCGCAGCAGCAGCAACAGCAGCAGCAGCCGCAGCAGCAACACCUGCCGCCGCAGUUCCAUCAGAAGGGUCCUGGCCCAGGUGCCGGCAUGAAUGUUCAGCAGAACUUCCUGGACAUCAAGCAGGAGCUCUUCUAUUCCUCUCAAAAUGAUUUCGAUCUCAAGCGUCUGCAGCAGCAGCAGGCCAUGCAGCAGCAGCAACAGCAACAACAACAGCAGCAGCAGCAACAACAACACCAUCAGCAGCAGCAGCAGCAGCAACCCAAAAUGGGAGGUGUGCCCAACUUCAAUAAGCAACAGCAGCAACAGGUGCCGCAGCAGCAGCAACUGCAACAGCAGCAGCAGCAAUACUCGCCCUUCAGCAACCAGAACGCCAAUGCGGCGGCCAACUUCCUCAAUUGUCCGCCAAGGGGUGGACCAAAUGGCAACCAGCAGCCGGGCAAUCUGGCGCAGCAGCAGCAACAACCCGGUGGUGGUCCGCAGCAGCAGCAGCAACAGCGUGGCAAUGCCAACAAUGGGCAGCAGAACAAUCCGAAUGCCGGACCCGGUGGCAACAACUCGAAUGCACCGCAGCAGCAACAAUCGACGACCACAACGCUGCAGAUGAAGCAGACGCAGCAGUUGCACAUUAGCCAACAGGGUGGCGGAGCCCAUGGAAUUCAGGUAUCGGCUGGUCAGCAUCUGCAUCUGAGUGGCGACAUGAAGAGCAACGUCUCGGUGGCCGCACAGCAAGGUGUCUUCUUCAGUCAGCAGCAGGCGCAACAGCAACAGCAGCAGCAGCAACAGCAACAGCCCGGCGGCAACAAUGGACCCAAUCCCCAGCAGCAACAGCAACAGCCGCAUGGCGGCAACGCUGGUGGCGGAGUGGGUGUUGGCGUCGGUGUGGGUGUUGGCGUGGGCGUGGGCAAUGGCGGUCCCAAUCCUGGACAGCAGCAGCAGCAACCAAAUCAAAACAUGAGCAAUGCAAAUGUUCCCUCCGAUGGCUUCUCGCUCUCCCAGAGCCAAAGCAUGAACUUCAAUCAGCAGCAACAGCAACAGGCGGCCGCCCAGCAACAGCAAGUGCCGCCCAAUAUGCGCCAGCGUCAGACGCAGGCGCAGGCAGCGGCUGCAGCAGCGGCGGCAGCAGCGGCGCAGGCGCAAGCGGCGGCCAAUGCCAGCGGACCGAAUGUGCCGCUUAUGCAGCAGCCGCAGGUCGGAGUGGGCGUUGGUGUGGGUGUGGGUGUGGGCGUGGGCAAUGGCGGAGUGGUCGGCGGACCUGGUGCCGGCGGACCCAACAACGGUGCAAUGAAUCAAAUGGGCGGUCCCAUGGGUGGCAUGCCGGGCAUGCAGAUGGGCGGACCCAUGAACCCGAUGCAGAUGAACCCCAAUGCUGGUGGUCCGUCCGCUCAGCAGAUGAUGAUGGGCGGCGGCGCUGGCGGACCGGGUCAGGUACCGGGACCGGGUCCAGGACCCAAUCCCAAUCAAGCCAAGUUCCUGCAGCAGCAGCAGAUGAUGCGCGCCCAGGCGAUGCAGCAACAGCAGCAGCACAUGUCCGGAGCCCGUCCGCCGCCGCCGGAGUACAAUGCCACCAAGGCGCAGUUGAUGCAGGCCCAGAUGAUGCAGCAAACGGUGGGCGGUGGUGGUGUCGGUGUCGGUGUCGGAGGUGUAGGGGUGGGUGUGGGUGGAGUCGGCGGCGCAAACGGCGGUCGCUUCCCCAACAGCGCUGCCCAGGCGGCGGCCAUGCGGCGCAUGACCCAGCAACCCAUCCCGCCGUCCGGGCCAAUGAUGCGUCCCCAACAUGCGAUGUAUAUGCAGCAGCAUGGUGGAGCCGGUGGUGGACCAAGGAACGGUAUGGGUGUACCGUAUGGCGGAGGAGCAGGUGGACCAAUGGGCGGUCCGCAGCAGCAGCAGAGGCCGCCAAACGUCCAGGUUACGCCCGAUGGCAUGCCGAUGGGUUCGCAGCAAGAGUGGCGGCACAUGAUGAUGACGCAACAGCAGACGCAAAUGGGCUUCGGCGGUCCAGGACCGGGUGGACCCAUGCGCCAAGGACCCGGAGGAUUUAAUGGUGGCAACUUCAUGCCCAAUGGUGCACCUAAUGGAGCAGCGGGCAGCGGACCCAAUGCUGGUGGCAUGAUGUCCGGUCCGAAUGUGCCGCAAAUGCAGCUAACUCCAGCUCAAAUGCAGCAGCAACUGAUGCGCCAGCAACAACAGCAGCAGCAGCAGCACAUGGGACCUGGUGGCGGCAGCAACAUGCAGAUGCAACAACUGCUGCAGCAGCAACAAUCCGGUGGCGGUGGCAACAUGAUGGCCAGCCAGAUGCAGAUGACCAGCAUGCACAUGAGCCAGACCCAGCAGCAGAUCACCAUGCAGCAGCAGCAGCAGUUCGUGCAGAGCACCACCACGACCACACACCAGCAGCAGCAGAUGAUGCAGAUGGGCGGUCCAGGAGGCGGCGGUGGCGGUGGUGUGCCGGGAUCGGCCAGCAAUAACAAUGGUGGUGGCGGCAACGGUGGCGGAGCACCGGGCGGUGGCAACUCUUCCUCGACCAUUGCCAGCGCCAGUUCCAUUAGCCAGACGAUCAACUCGGUGGUGGCCAACUCGAAUGAUUUGUGUCUCGAAUUCUUGGACAACCUGCCCGUGGACAGCAACUUCUCCACGCAGGAUCUGAUCAACUCCCUCGACAACGACAACUUCAACCUGCAGGACUUCAACAUGCCGUAGAUGUCCAGAGGGAACCACUCAAACACCACCUCCAGCCAGCACCAAACACAACCACACCAACCACCACCACCACCAUCAUCAUUAUAACCACCACGAUGUUGCCUCAGUUUUGUUUAGAUCUUUAUUUUGUUGCCUCUUGUUGUUAUUGGCCUGGGCAGCCGGACCCAAACGCCCAACCGCCCAACCGCCCUACCACCCCUCCCACAUGGCCCCCGUUCCUGCCAACGAAGUUAUUUUGUUUGUUAUUUGUGUGUGAAUUUAUUCCUAAGCUAAGUUCGUUCGUCUCUAUGUACUCUAAUUUCGCGUGGGCUCCACUGUAUUGUAUUGUAUUUGUAUUUGUAUGUAUUAUUAGAGCUGUUCCCAAGGUCCAAGGGCGAGCGUCGUCCAAUGGGCGUGGCAGUGGCGGCGAGAGUUCGCAAGACAUUCCAUAUGCAACGGUCGAACUAAGGAAUUAGGGAAAUUCAAAAAGUAUUUCCAAGUACUUUAAAAUCAAACCGAAAAAAAAUACACUUUUAAAAUUCACACAUACACCCCAAUACACUCACACAGAGAGAGACUCGUUGUGCAACUUAAGCACUUGUACUUAAUGCAAAUUUUUAUAGUGCCACGCCCAGCGGAUUGCAAACGCCCCAUUUCGUUUGAUUACUUAAGCAAAAAACCAGAUGAAAUGACGGAAGCAAACGCAAAAAGCAAAAAGAACCAACAACAAAACAAAAUCGAAGAAAUCGAAAAACAAAACACAAAAUAGUUGUACAUUUUAUAUUGUAUUUAAUUUAAUUUAAUUUUUAUAAUCGACAAACUAAAAGAAACAAACAAACAAAGAAAAACAAAGCAAAAAAAAUGGGAAAACUAAAUCGAGAAACUGUCAGAAUAAAGAGCAAAAAUAUUGGUGAUAUUUUAAAUGCUUAAAAACACAAAUUGAGAACUAAGCGAAUCAAAUGAGAAAACAACAAAUAACCGUUGACCACAAAAGCGAAAAAAAUAUGAAAGGGAAGAACUUUUUAAAACCAACAAACAUCAAUUUGAGAAUGAGAGAAACAGUUAUUAUUAUAUUAUAUUAUAAUUAUUAUUGUACAUUAAUUUUUUUAGACGAGUUCAUUUUUAAAUGGAAUUUUAAACGCGGAGCAAACAGUGCGAGAAAUGCGCAAACAAAACAUAUUUAAAAAAUAUACACUAUAUAUAUAUACAUAUAUAUAUAUAUAUAUUAUGCGUAGUUUUUGGUAGUGAAACGUAAUUAGUAGUUUGUUAAAUAAAUUGAUAUACACCCACAAAUACAUAAUACAUAUACAAGAAUCAUAUAUAUAUAUAUAUAUAGAUAUAUAUGCGACCGAUAUAUUUGAUUACUGUAAAAGCAGCGCUAACAAUUUACGAGUAUAUAAUUAGUCAUAAGUCGCCACAAAAUGUUUGAGGAGAUAAGCGGAGAUCGAAAUUUAUAUUUACUACAUGCGCCUGGCCGCAUUACCAAGUGAUGCCAUGCCAAGCCAAGCCACGCCCACACAUAUAAAAAACAAGAGAAUAGGAGGACGAACAAUAUUAGAGCAAAACAACAUUUGAAAAAAAAAUGAAAAUCGCGAAAAAACAAAGCAAACGAAAAACGCCAGAGAUUCCAGCAAUGAAAUUAUUGUACGACAACUAAUUAGAGCAAUUCCAUAAGUCCGUAAGUUAGACGAUCAGUUGAGGCCAUAGAAAUUUUUGAAUCGGGCACAGCGGUUGCCACUUCCACAAUUAUAUAGUAACAGACAGCUCACAGCCAUUUUUGCAGAGUUUACAUUAAUUAGGAUCAGCAACAACAAAUCCAUAGCACACGCCUAGCAAAAAAAAAUAUAUACAUAAAAAUAAAUUUAAUGAAAAAAGUAUUUAAGCCGCAGACAAACAAAACGAUAAAAAUCUAACAAAAUUUACUAUUACAAUUAUAAAUGAAUAAAAAUACGCGAAUUGUAGUUUGUAAUUAAUGCUAAAGAUACGAAGUAAAAAUUUGUUUAUAACUAUUAUAUACCGCAAAUUAUAUAUACACUAUUAUUACUAUAUACAAUAUGGCAUAUUAUUAUUACAUAUAUAUUUCACCAUGAAAACAACAAACUAGCGAGCAAAAUCGUAAGGUGUUCAGCAGCCGCCUCGCUAAGCAGUUCCAUUGAUCAGUUUCCCUGCGAAACUCGAGGGCCAAUCCCGGCGAGAAACAGAAGCAAAUCCGAACUUGAUAUCAAUUAACAAGAAACAACAAGCAACCAGCUGCCAGGCUCAAACCUAACAUAAAAUAUUUACCAACUCGAAUGUUUAGUAUUGGACAGAGCAAUGGCAUUGCAAUGGCUUUAGGCCUGUUAUUAUUUCACACAAGAGUAAAAUCGAUUUGGGCAAGCCUUUGGUUUUCUAUUUGCAUUUGAUUGGUGCGUGAGCCUUCUGUUUGUCGUUCUGUUGUUCUCCGAGAUUGAACGAAAUGUUGGGAAGCAAAAACAAACAUUUAAAGAUGUUCUUUUACGAUUUAAAAUGGAAAGUAAAAAAAUAAAAUAGAAAAAUAUUACUUUUGUAAAUAAAA